CCGCUCCCCCUUCUACCGCAGCCUCCUCGAUCCGAAACUUACCGGCGAAGCCGUUGAAGGAGGUCAGCGUGAAGAAAACUUUCGACGUCGUGGGACAGGCAUACGGAGCCCUCUGCAAGGACCGCAAAAGUACUUUUCGGGUUUCGCCCAUCAUCUCCUGCGGCUUCUUCUUCGCGCCCCACGUCGCGAUACAGGAUUGCCCGCCAGUUUUGGAGGAUGCGCAGCGCACGUCGGCGGAGGUGCGACUGUUUUUGAGGAAGGUCAACAGUCAACCCGCAGCGGAAGAGUCCCUGAUUCGCGUGCGCCUUUUCUUGGACCUUGUUCCAGGGGACGAAAAGAUGGCAGCUGCGAGCCCCCGACGCUUUCUGGAGGUCGACGCGCGGCCAGGAACGCAAUUGAGGGAGCUGCUGCAGUAUUGCAAAUUGGGGGUCGGCGCCGGGAAGGAGGAGCCGCGGGGGGUUUGCUUUGCUGCGUCGGCCGGCGCAACCGCAACGACUAGCGCGCUGUCACCAACAAGUAAAUCGAUCGCCGACGUUCAGAAAGCUUGGCAAGAACAGCGAACGGGUGACCAGAAGAACAUGAACGAUCCGUCUGCGGUGAUCGAGCUAUCUGUUUGUGACACGAAAGCUGCCAAAACGCCUGUUCCCCCGUCGAUCGGUUCCACUUCCAGCAAAAGACCUGCCGGCCAAGGGAAAGAUGCGGAACCUGCAAAAAAGCAGCGGAAGAUGGAGGAGCCGAAAGCGCCACGCGUCGUGACGGCGAAAAAGGAAGAUGCAAACAAGUCUGCAAGCAACCAAAAGCCAGGCUUCGGCACAGCAAACAAGGUGCAGCCCUCCUCUUCUUCCUCCUCUGAAGUGGCGCCGUCAUCCGCACGCAGAGAUGGAGCUUCAGCACACGGUGGGACACACACUGGAACCGUUAAAAGCGACGAUGAUCCGACAGCAACAUCCUCCUCCUCGUCUUCAGGGGCAUCUGCGUUCGCCGAUUUGGAAGCUCUCCGCGAGGCACAGCGGAAGAGGCACAUGCUACCUGACACUAAAUCGGCUGCGCAGCUGA